AUGCCUCAACACCCAGCAGAAGAGAAUGCUCCCUCCAAUAUCUUCGACAAGGUGGCCAAAGAAUCUUCCGACUCGACCGCCUCCGAUGCCCCCUUGCACAAGGAGAACGAGAAGCCCGUCAAGCAGGCCGCUUCUGCUCAAGACCACAAGGGUCACGGUCCUCAACUUUCCGACAACCUGCCAGAAGCGAAAUCGAAAGACGAGUUGAAGGCAAAGGCAGCCGAGAUGAACAAAUAG